AUGUUUUUCUUUAUCCUUCUCGGUUAUUUCCACUCUUUCUUUACCUUCUCUCUUUGUAAUUCAUUUUUCUCAUACUUUCAUCUUCACUUUCUUUCACUGUCCUCCUCCUCUUUUUCUUUCACUAUCCUUCUUCUCUCCUCUUUUUUGCACUAUCCUCCUUCUUUCCUCUUUUCAUUUUCUACUUUAAUAUCUAUCUAUAUGUCGAAGUGUGAUUAUCCAGCUAUCUAUCUGAUUGUCAAGGUAAAAAUCCAAAAAGCCUGUGACCAAUACAAUAGUUUUUCUCUCUCUCUCUCUCUCUCUCUCUUCUUAAAUAUUUACUUUUAUAUUUUUUUUCUUUUACCUUUCCCUCUUAUAAUUUCCAGAUUUUCUCUCAUCCUUUCAUCUAAUAUUUAUCUCUCAAUUAUUUUACAUUUCACUUUCUUCUUUCUUUCUUGCUCUUUAUUUCUCUCUUCUUUCUUGCUCUUUCUCUCUUUCUCUUUUCAUAUUCUCUCACCUUUAUUCUUUCUUACCAAUUCUCUUAUGUUAGUUUUUCUUUGUUGUCUUCUAUUUAUUUGUAUUUUUUCUAUUAGUGAAUUCCAUUUUUUCUUCAAGUCUCUUUUUAAUCACCCUAUUUAUUUUCUCCCUUUUCUUCCUGUUUUCUUUUUCUUCUCAUUUUCUCUUGCACUUUUUUUUUCUUCAUAUACGUUUUUGAUUGUUUCAUCACUUCUUUUUUUGUCUUUAAUAGUUUCUUUUAAGUUUUCAUUUUUUUCUUUUCAUUUACAUUCAUCUUUAUACAUUUCUUUCUCAUUCUUUUUGUUCUUCUAUUCUUUCUUUUUUCUUUUUCUUUCUCCUUUUUAUUUCCUUCUUCCUCUUUUUCUUCUUUCCUUCUUUCUUUUCUUAUUUCCUUUUUCUCUUCUUUCCUUCUUUCUCUUUAUUUAA